GAAAGAGUUUGCUACUUCAAAGGAUUCCAACGGUUGUUGAGUGAAUAAGUUUGUUUCUUUCCAGGGCCUCGUCAUUCGUUUAUCAAAACAUUCUGUUGAAGCUGACUUUUGCAAUCGAAAACAGAGUCUUUAACCCCAGUUUUCGUCAAUCGGUUUCUUUUAUAUUAAUACUAGUUGUUGGUAUUUGAUCUUAAUUGUUAUUGCUAGUGCUGUUUCUGCUUCUGCUGCUGCUGCUAUUGUUUUUUGUUGUACAUGACUGUCGAGAUAUCACCACAUAGAUCCUUGUAUGGGUCGAUUAACGAAUCCGAAUAUUCGCUGGAGCAGUCUGUUGGACACCUGGAUCCAUUGGCACUUUUGGGAUUCUUAUUGGAUGCUGAAAAUAGCCAUAAUAAUAACUUGAUUGAGAUUUUGGGUCUAAUAAAACCCACCAAAUCCGCUCCUUGUACUUCAAAUUUGAAUCUUAUAAUACGUGGGUUAUUUACUAAAAAUAGUAAAAUCUUGAAAAUCUUGAAUAAUAAUUAUCAGGACCUUCUACACGAAUCUAAUCCUAAAGACUGCUUUAAAAACUUCAUUAAUGAUUUCAUCAUCUACUUGGAAAACGGUGGGUUGAUUAUAUUUCAAAAAUAUUUUGAUUUAUUCCCAGUGGAAUAUGAUUAUCUGAUUUUUGCUAAACCAAUACUUCAUACUCAAAAUUAUAUUGAUUUCAUUCAUAAUUCAACUUGCUUACUAAGAAAUCCUUUUGUCAUUGAAAAAUUGAAUAAUUUUGCUGAUGAAAUGUUGGAUUUAGUCGAUAAUUAUAAUGAACAUUAUGAAAGUUUUAAGUUAAACAAUAUCACUUUUAAUAAUACAAAAUUAUUUGGUGAGUCUUUAUCGACUUUACAUUCAAGCUCUCCCUCGUCUUCCUCAAACUUGAACAGAGUUUCAAGCUUCUUCAAAAUUAACCAGAUCUCGGAAAGAACUAAAAAUGAAAAUUUAUAUUUGGCCAACAAUUCAAAUCAAAAAAUUGAAUUGGUAUUACUUGAUUUAUCAAAUUCUAAUUCUUAUAAUGCUUUGGCAAUUCUAGCAAUCCCCGAUCCCUCCAAUAUUGAUCAAGCUCGUUCUUUGAUCCACCCUCCUUUAAGAGUCAAUGAAGUGUCGAUCUCUUUCCAUUCAAAUACAAUAACCCUUCAUGCCUUGAGUUUCUCUAAAAAACAAAGGUCUAAUGAUGAAAUCUGUAUUUCAGGUGAUCAAAAUAUCUUGCUUUCUUGGUAUAAUAAAUUAUCUAAAAUUUUCCCAAAUUCUUCUUCUCCAAUAUCCAAAAAACCAACAAAAGAAUUUCAACUGUCUGGUUUGGGAAUUAAUACCUAUGACUAUCCUUCUUCUCCCUCGAGCAACUCGAUUUCUUCAAUUAAUUCCUCAAAGUCUUUCCAACAACCUCCUUUCUUGACUAGAAAACAAUCUACAACUUCAAUCAAUUCUAUGGAUUCAAAUGAUUCUUUAAAAUCGAGAUAUGAUAGAUCCCUAGAUAUCAUUCACAAAACUUUAUCAAAUAAUUCUCAUGCUCAUGAUACACCCAUUUCUUCUCUGGCUAAAAUUGUUUCUAUGGAAGACGAUGAUGCCAAUGAUUGUGAAUCAUUGGAUGAUGAUGAAUCAAUAUUAGCUAAACCAAUUGCUCCUGCUGGCAAUUUUUACGAAGUCAAGAAUAAUAGCAGUUUGUUAAAUCUAUCAAAUGACUAUCAGCGUAAACAACAAAAUAUCUAUUCAUCUGUUCCUGAUUUGUCAGAAACUAAACCACCAGGCAAACCAUCAAAUGCCCAAUCUUCCUUGUAUCAAUUGUCAUCGGGUUCUGCAAUUGACAUUAAUAAUUUUGGCAAAAAUCAUAAUCCAUCUUUUACAGAUUGCGAAUCAUUCGCUCCUCCAAGAUCUCUUAGUUCAAAGGCUUCUUCUUCUUCAAUUAAUCAGAAAAAUGUGACCAUUAAUACUACAUCUUUAGAAGAAGCCGAAAGAUUAAGGUUGUCGACUAUUUCUGAAAAAUCAGAUACACCAACUCCUAAAAUGGCUACUUCUACCUCAUUGCCUUCGCCAUUUGCAUUACCUUCAUCUACUUCAACGUAUUUCUUCAAACCUUACAAGAAUAGCUGCUCAACACCUGCAACUCCAAAAGACGUCGCCGAAGAACACUUAUAUAUCCCUCAGUCAUUAAAAGAUGUGAUUAAUAGUGAUUCUUCCAUUGACUUUUAUAUCACCCCCACUUCACCUAAAGCUAUGAAAGUUUCGAAAUGGAAACAAAAGUAUGGGAAAUGGGAAAUGCUCACCGUUAACGAAAAUAUUUUUUUGAAAAUUGUUGCAAACUAUGACUUGAAUAAAAGCUGGUUGAUUUUCUUCAAAGAAGAAUAUGAUGAUACAUAUGAUGAAGUUAUCGAUAAGCCAAUUAUGUUAAUGAAUAUUAAUGAGGAGUCAAGCAUAAGGCAUUCUUCUGCUUUAGACUUACAAGUUAAUUCGACUGAUUCUAUUAGUAACCAAAGUUUAUUAAUAAUGAUAAGAUGCACUAAUGGGUCUUUUGCCAGCUCGAUUCAUUCGAACUAUAAAAACAUUCUAGGUGUUAUCAAAAAUAUACCCAAGAAUAAGAGUGUUGCUCAUAGUCUCGGUUUUAAUGAUUCAAACGUUACUAGCUCUUCGUCAUUGAUGGAAAAGCCAAGUAACUCAUCUACAUUUACUAGCUUGAACUCAUCAAAUAUUGGGAAUGACUCUACUAUUAAGCAACCUGCUUUGAAAACAGAUCCAAUCUUGGGCAAAGAGAUUUCAUUCGCGUCAUUGAAUUCAGAUGAUAUCACUAAUGCCAAUAUCAUAAGUAACCCCGAUAACUCUAAAAUGUUAUUAUUAAACCAGAUGACUGUCAGGUUGCAGAAACAAUUGGAUUCUUAUUCAGCAAUAAAUAUUCCCUCUUCUUGGGAAAUAUUGUCUAUGUUUUCGUUAAGCAUCUUCUUAAUCAAUGACAGUUUCACUCAUAAGGCUUACUACAAUUUAAUACUUGAGAACAAUAACAUUGAUAAUGACGAUCCAGCAAUCGAGACAUUUAAUUGGUUGAUUGGAGAAGACGAAAAAUUCAAUAGAAUUGAAAGAAUCGGUAAAGCCGGUUUAUUGAUCAAGGCUGGUAAUGAUGAGAUCUUCAUGAUUGAAUGCAAAGGCAAAAAGGAAUUCAAGCAUUUGUUUGAGAUCUUCUAGUCAUUCUAACUAAACUUUUAUAGGCACUUUUUUGGUAUUUCGCU